AACCAUCGAAUGGGUUUCGUACAGCGCGCCCUCUUCACGUGGUUCAUCCUGCUCGUCUUUAUGGUGGUGCUCUGUCUGCGGCUGGAAAACCGUAUCUACUGGAACUGGUUCCUCGUCUUCAUACCACUAUGGCUGUACGACGUUAUACUGGUAGCGUGGGCCGUUAUCGAAAUCGUCCAAAGGCAGCACCGGUUUAUCUCGCUCCACCAUUACAAGUACUACGUGGUGGGCAUUGUGUUGAAAUUUUUCUCCCAAAUCACAAUCUGUCUGAAGCUCGAGUACAAAUCGAUACCGAUGUACGUGAUGAUGAUCCCGAUCUGGCUACUGUUGGCGUUGCUGAUCGUGUUCGUCGGUACACAUUUACAGCCGAAACCACGCUCGAUCGGUUCGAACCGCAGUAAUCGACCGUCGGCGGGCGUAUCGUCAUGAGGGUAUUUGAAACUUCGCGUUUGCGAAAUCGAACCAAGCGCUACGGAAUAGUAACAGGAUGGCCAAUCGUCAUACAGA